UGCCCAUGUCGGCAUAUCAGCUCCUUAACCCACUGCCGAUUGCAAAGUUCUAGCAUUCAAAAAUGAAGAUUCGGGUGAUUUCGAAGGAGAUAAUCAAACCAUCGUCGGCGACUCCUUGUCAAGACCAGACCUACAGAUUCUCUCUUUUAGAUCAGCUUGCUCCUCCAUUCUAUGUCCCUAUAGUGUUAUUCUAUUCCGCUCCCGAACCUGACCAAAUUUUCGAUCACAUGAACAUCUAUGAGAAGCUGAAGACUUCUCUGUCAGAAUGUCUCGGCUGCUUUUACCCAUUGGCUGGUCGGAUCAAGGGAGAUGAGCACGCCGUUGACCUCGGCCAAGGAGCAGUCUUCGUGAGAGCUCGAGUUAAUGCUCGACUCACCAAACUCCUUGCAAACCCAGAACUGAAAUUAGUACAGCAGCUUCUCCCAUUGGAUCCAUAUAACAUAAAAUGUCAAAAUGGCCUUGUCACUGCCAUUCAGCUGAACCUGUUCGACUGUGGCGGGAUAGCCAUUGGUGCCUGUAUCUCUCACAAAAUUGCAGACGGCGCAACACUUUCGACUUUCCUUAGUUCUUGGGCGGCCAAUUCUCGAGGUGCAAGUAAGAUGGUUGCUCCAUACCUAAACACGACCACAAUAUUCCCACCUAGAGAUUUCCAGGUCCCUCUGCCAAACAAUUUGAUCAAGAAAGAGAACAUAGUCACAAAGAGAUUUGAGUUUGAUUCAGCCAGCUUAGCCGGUUUGAAAACCAAAGCUGCUAAUGGGUCAUUAUCUAAAAGUCCUACUCUUGUUGAAGCAGUGACUGCUCUUAUAUGCAAAGCGGCCAUGCAUGCCAGGACAGAAAUAUCAGGGAAGGGAGGGUCCUCAACCGUGAUAUCUCAUGUGGUAAAUUUAAGAGGAAGAAUGAACCCUCCUCUGCCCGAUCAUUCUUUCGGCAAUAUCUGGAGAUUCGCCAUUGCAACCAUUAAGGAGGAAGAAGAAGAGGCGGAACUGCACAUUUUGGUGGAUCACUUGAGGACGGCGAUAAGGAAGAUCGACAACGAAUAUGUGAGGAAACUUCAAGGUGAGGACGGGUUCCACUGGGCCUGCGAAUCUAUGAGAGAAGUGCACGAACUGAUGUAUAAAGGAGACGUGGAGUCCUACAGGUUCAGCAGCUGGGUGAGGUUUCCCUUUUACGAGACUGAUUUCGGAUGGGGAAAACCAGUCUGGGCGUGCAUUAGCAGCGUCCCGAUAAAGAACGUGGUGAUAUUGAUGAGUAGCAGGUCGGGAAAUGGAAUUGAGGCCUGGGUGACACUGGAUGAACAAGAGAUGGCUAAAUUUCAGAGCGAUCCUCUGCUCCUGCAAUUUGUUUCUCUGCCCCAUAGUUCUCAUAGAAUCUAGUACUAUUAUCACUGGCUUGGCGUGUUUAUAGCACAUCGUAGAUCAUUUGUCUGCAUGUAGAUGUUGCUGUAGCUGUGUAUUUCAGACGAUUUGUUAGCUUAUAUUCUAUACUCCCCGUUUAUGCA